AUGCUACAGUCACUGUUGAAGCUCUCUUAAUGGACACUCUCAUAAUAGCUCUACUUACAGUGGCCUUCACAAAACCUACUUUAACUCACAUUCAAACUCGGUAUUUUUCUUUCUUGUGAGCAUGAACAAUUCCCGUUGGUGGCUGUGGACACUUUCAGGAAUCACAAGUUAGAUUUGAGCUUUGUUUUUAAGCUCCCAGCUAAGCAGACACCUGAAAUGAAAUUCGCCCCUGAAUCUUAAUGUAUCUUAAUUUAUCAAUUUUUUAAUGGCUGUUUGUCACAAUUAACAGUUUCAGCAUUUGUUUUUUUCACGUACAUGCCUGCUUAUACUGCAAAACGCCGCUUAAAACAUUUAUGCUUGUGACUGAAUGCUGUUGUUGUCAGAACAACAGUAUAGCCAGACACUUAAACAGUUUUUUGCAUUUUCAAUAUUUAUUUGUAGUUGGGCAAGCUCUUAUAAGCAGACAUAACCCUUGCAUCUCUAGUGGCCACUUUUGAGAACCCUUCUCGUAAGCGGCCAUGAAGCUGCAGUAACAGAUACCUUUUUCGCAUCCCAAGGGUCAGUGCUUACAAGAACAUCCUCUGUAAUAAUUUUUAGCAGAGCUCCAUGUGCAGGCGAGAGGGGUACCCCCAUAUGUAAGAUAAAAUAUGGUUAUCUAUCCAUCGGGGAAAUUUUGAUAGCCAGUUAGCGAUAGGUCGACUGUUUGUCUGUCCGUCCACACCACAGGGAAACCAGUGAGAAACUGUCACACUUUCUAGCUAGUGUGUGUGGAAACCUGCAGCAAGUUAAUCUUAUGGUUUUCACUUAAUGCUAGGGCGUAUAAAAAGAUUUGUGGUUUCUUUACAAUUGUUCAGAGGUUUGUUGUUUCUAAAUUUAUGAACAGGAAAUUCCCUUUUUAGGCCUGGCUUUAUCUAUAUCUUGUUUUCAAGAACUUUGUUACAACUUUGGAAUAUUGCAGGUCUUGGAUUGUGUGGUUCCCACAAAAAUAUCCAUGCCCACCCCAUGGUGGGUCAUUGGGAAUUUUAAAGGGGGAGUGGGGUGUGAAAGGGCAAAGGCAGGAAGUCUGGGGUGAAACUGGAAUUUUCAGAGGGGUGGGGAGUAUAGAUAUUUUCUGGAUUACAACACAUUUCUUUAUUCUUGAGAUCAUUCUCAAAAAUAUUUACAUGACAAUUUUGUGUUAUACUUGUACAACUGUAAUACAUUUCCCCAUUCUCAAGAUUUUCCAGUGAACUUAAAAAUGUUCAACUUCAAAAUUUAAGUCAACAUGACAAUUUUAUUUUGUCUAUACAAACUGUUAACUGGCUGGAUGGUUUUAUGUUUUAUAACUAAGCCAAGACUUGUCUUUCUUUCCACAAAUUUUCUUAAGGAUGAUGAUUAUGUUCCUGUAAUGAAAGAAUCUAACAUUGAUGUUAAGGCCUUGAGCAAUGCUUACAAGGAAAAGAAGAAGAUACGGGAUGACUCAAAUGUAGUCAAAAUUGGUGAGGCGAGGCAGACUGAUUGUUUUCUUUCAUGCUCUUUUGGAAAAUAACUUAUUAUUUUAACUUAUUUAUAGAUUAAUCCCAUCUGUAGAAAAAUAUUUUUCUUAUUGGAAAGUCACAAAUCAAGAAAUGGAAGUUUUUAAGGCUUUAGAACUAAAUUAUUUAAACGGACACUCUCUAAAUUAUGCAUACGCUCAAAUGUCAAUAAUCUGUUUUUUCUUGGAAAGAUAACAGAACUGUCGUGACAAGAUUUCUUUGCAGACUGCACCCUGUCAAAGAUCCGUUUACAUUCUCAAGUUAUAUUUUAGAGUUUUUGGAAUUGAAAAAUUCUUUCAUCAGAUUUAAUAAUUGCCUUGCAAGUGGCCAUGGUAUCACAUUCACAAAUUGUAUAGUGGUCAUCCAGUAAGCCGUAAGUUUAAAAAAGAACUACAACAGUACUACAUUUCGGAAAUGUAAAAUUACAUCAGUAGAAAAUUACAAUGAUCUGUGUAAACUCAAAGAACAAAGAGUGACAACCCGAGUCCAUGCAAAACACUGUAAUUAAAAAAAACACAGUCAUAUACUAAUUACCCGUACUAACAUUGUAAUAAAUCUUAAAAAUUAUGUUAAUAAUAUACACCAAGAUAUAGAGCUGUAUAUACAUAAUUAUAUUUGUAUGCACUGUUGUGAAACUUGUGUCAGAAGUCAUUUUGUGGCAAGUGCAGUAAUCUUUGCUUACAUUCCGCCGGCUAAGACUAGUUUAAAAAAUCAUAUUUUAAUGCCCUGACAUCUUUAUUCAUAAAAUUUUAAAACUUUUACUCCGUGUUGACAGAGAGACAUAAAUGUACAGGUUGUUACCAUAGCAACUUUGUAACCUCACAUUGUGAGGAAUUUUGCCCCAAAAUUAAGGAGUUAUUUGUCACCUGUGAUGAUAUUACUUUGCUAACACUUUGUUGCAAACCAUCUGCUUCAUCAAAUCCACAAGAUCUCUUGAAUUUAGUCACAUCCAUAUCUAAUGAAUUUCUUUAUUUAUAAUUAAUAAUAAUAAUAUAAAUAUAAGCAGAAAUGGAACAGCUGUGUCAGAGCUUGCUUCAAAUGGAGUUUUGAAGAAUCUGUAACACCCUUCACAUCUUAAUUUGAUUUUGCGACACCCUGUCCGAAAAUCAAAGUUUAAAUGGGAUUGUGGGUUCCUUUAAAAUCCAUCAAUGUCAUUUAUAUGUAUAUCAACAGUUUGUUAUGUUUACUUAUUAAAUCUUCUUGUGCUUGUAUUUUCUUAGUGGAAGAAUGGAGAUCCAAGUGGUUUCUUGAACGUCGCUGGCAAAAAUGUGGAAGUGAUGAGCUGAUAAAAGCCAUGAGUGAUAUUAAUGAUCACGUGAGACUCGCUGCUGUGUCAGCAUGUAGCAAGGCUGCUGAGCUGCGGCAGAUAGACAAACAACAAAAUCAUCUAGGUAAUCUUUCAAUGCAUUAUUUUUAUAAUUUUGUAGUUGUUUUUUUUUUAACAAAAAGUAAUAUGUCAGAAAAUGAUGUUUAAAAACUCAACAAUAAUUUUUCAUUGUCUAAAAUCUCCAUUAGGUCGUGAAAAUGAUGUCAAAUUGUUCCAUAUAUUCUUGUACAAGAGUGUGGACAACAGAAAAUUGUCAUUGUCAAUUUGCUAUUUAAAUGAUAUUGAGUGAAAUAAUUAUUUUCAACACAAGAAGAGAAAUUUGGUUUCUCGAAGGAGCCAUGUUCUGUUUUAUUUUUAUUACACACCAAUGAAAUGCUAGCCUGCGAACAGCAGACUUAUUUCUGCUCGUCAAAGGGAGAGAAGCUACGACUGGAAAUACGUCUGCCAAACUACUUUUUGCUCUGAAAAGUGUGGUUUAUUAUGUAGCCAUAGCAACAGUGAUCUUUUCCCAUGUGAAAAAUAAAACAUGUCAUUUUCAGUUGCGAAGAUAUCAUGUUUCCUUGCCUAAAGCUCACCUGGUAUUUCAUUAGUGUUCAUAUAAUAAAAAAUAUUAAUCAUUAUUUAAUUCUCUUCCUUUCAUUUUUUGACUCAACACUGUACAUAGGGAUCAUGUUAGACAAAUCCAAAGCACCUACACCUCCCCUGGAAGCUGUACUUGAACCUGAGUUAAUAGAAGCUAUUGCAAAGCUGUUGGAUGACAGGAAUUCGCAAGUCAGAGUUGCUGCCGCUAUCACAAUGUAUUCGUUGAAUAAACCUAGUGACAAGGUACCUGAUGAAUAUUACUUAUAGUUUACUUUACUCUGGGCUGUAUGUGUACCUCUGUGGUUGUGAAAUUCUCAGUAAGUGUACCUGUCUUCAGUCUAACAAUCCCGAUAACUGUGCUGGCUAACAUCCACGCCCACAAUAGGUCAAACAAUGCCUGGUUGCUCAAGGAGGGGGCUGGGAUAGGACAACUCCUGGUCUUGAGAGUGAUAUAAGGUUCAUUAUAAAAUUAUGUUAAAUUCUAAAUACAGAAAUAUCACAAAAAAGAUGCCUUUAGCACCAUGUACUAUGCAGAAUGUCAGUAAUUGGUGUUUAAGUAUUUAAUUUUAAUGAGGUGGGGUGUGGCUAAAGCUCUGUUUUUAAGUCAGUAUAUGUGUCGAAAUGAAAUACUUUGCUCGCAAAUUGUGAUACAGUUUUUAUCUGCUCUAGGCUAAAUCAAUUCUUUUGUGGGCAAUGGAGCAAGGUGGUCCCCCUGAAAAGUGGGCAGCAACCCAGUGCUUGGCAAUGAGUGGUGUCAUCACAGACAAGAUCAUAGUGGAACUUGUCAAUCAUCUACAUGCUGAUAAUGCUGUAAGGACUGAGAAGGCAGGAACUCUAUUAGCACAGCUCAGCCAAAAGUCGGUAAGUCACUGUGUUAAAUGUCUGUGGUGCAAACGCAAAAGAAGCUGAGUUAGUCUGUUUUAAGCUGUUUCAUACAAUUGUUUGGAUGUUUUUUGCUGUGAUGACCAGUGUGCUAUGUACUUGCUAUGCUGUUUGAAAUAGGAUUGUCUGUACAUGUAUGAAAUUUUAUUUCAAACCGCUUAUGGCCCAGUCUUAACUGACUGAAGAUCCUACUUUGCCCUCUAAUUACAUGUACCUGUGUUUUAUAAUGCUUAUAAGUUUGCUUGACAAGCACACAUGGGGUCCCUAUUGCAGAGAGGUGCUCUUAUCGGGAUGAACAGAACGAUUACAUGUCAGUGGAACUUUACGUUAACUAUUUGAGCUUGGUAAAUGCAAGUUAAACAAGACGUGUUCAUUAUCUUUUUGUCAAUCUUUUUAACCCAUUCACUACAAUUUUAAUUAACAUGCGACAUCUAAAGUAACACAGAUUUAAAUAAACCAAUAGUUAAUUUAUGCACUUCAGUCAGUCGUAAUUACAAAACGAAAUUAAAAAAAUGGAUUGAAAUAGAAAUCAUGUCUGUACGUUGUAAUUAUUUCAUCGUACAGACAUGAACUUUUGAACACGUUCGAGAAAACCUGUGUUUUCUGAGAGGUCCGGCAGGUAACUGAUGGAAGCAAACUCGCUUCAGGGCUUUUGUUUGACUACUCCCGCGUUCGUUACCUACGCGAAAAUGCAGGCUUUUCGGCAGGCUUGGUUUAACUUUUUACUGUAGACGUCGCAUGCUAUUGAAAAGCAUAGUAAUCUAUUUCCUCUAGGAUGUGGUACAGUCCUUGAUUGCUGAAUUACUGAACAGUAACAGUUGGAAGGACCGUGCAACAGCUUGUAAAGUGAUUCCGAAGCUUAAAGGAGGUGCUAACAAGGUGGGUAGUCUCUAGAUCCGAACUUGUCUGAUCCACACUAUAUUCUGUUAGCUUGGUGGUUAGCGUGUCUGUCUGCCUGGUAGGAGUUGACGGGUUCCACCAAUUCCUAAAGUCUGUAAACAUAUCACUACAAGCUAAUAGGUAAACAAGCAAAUAGGUACAUUUUGAGACAGUAUAUAUGGCAUUGAACGGGAAAACGAGUAGGAGGAUGGGAGGAUGGAAUAACAGGAAUAAGAUGCGUUUCAGAGACACAUUAACCACUGUAGCUUGUGAUCAGAAGCCGGGCCUCCUCUUCUGUCAGUAUUAGGUCGUUUUGACGAAAGGUUAAUUCGCCCGAUAACAGUUCUCCCAGACUAAGUCGAUUCGCCCGAAGCGCAUUUGUCGUUUUUUAAGCCUGAAAAAACGGAGUAUGCAUGAAAAGACAGUGACUGCACAUAUCGAAUCCAAAGGUUACUAAAAUAACAUCUCGAAGUCAGGUAUGUUCACCAUGUUGUAGAGGGUUGUAUGUCAUCGGGCGAAUCGACUUUCGGGAGAAACGACUACAAUUGUCUCCGCCGACGAGAAGUUAAUAGGGGUGUGUACACAAUAUAUCUUUUGGGACAUAAUUUCUGAUACAAACCGGCACUUGUUAAUCAUUCUUAUUGUCGUACCUGAUACAACUCAAACCAUCUAAACAUGCUGUGUUUGUAUUCUUCCAGGACAUGACUCACAAGUUAUCUUAUCUAAUGUGGAAUGACUGGAACAAAGAUGUACGCUCAGCAGCUGCACAGGCUCUUGGGAGAACUGGCAAUGGCAAGGUACUGUACAGUAAACUCUGUGCAUCCUGAUAAUUUGAACCAAACCGCUUAUCUUUUACAAGCAAACUCUGCAAGUUUACUCCCGUUCCUGCAUCUGUCCGAUUAUUCAACCAAUUACAUCACUGUAGUUUCAAAAAUUGCAGCGUUAUUGAUACGUAUAAUCUCACCAACAGCUUGUCCAUGAUGCAUUACGCGAGAGAAUUCUCACUGGAAACGAAAGGAUUAAAGUGGACGCGCUAAAAAAGGUAAGGACUGGGGACAAUAAGUUUGUAUUAGUUUAUAUUGUGACCAGACAAAGUAAGCUAUUCCAAGUGUUUUGCGAAUAAAGACAGAAAUUGCAAUCUGCUGACAUCGCAAGAAAAAUUGUGUGAGAGUACCGCGAAUGGAGAGGUUUGCUAUGAAUGUAGCUGUGCUACACGCAACAUUGCAUGUGUAUUAUUAAAAGUAGAUGAGGCUUACUCAGGUCUUGAUUAACAGGGGCCUGAAUGUGUUCGUUUUUUCUUUCUUAGCUCUCUAAUCUAGGUAUAAUGACGGCUCGUCUUCUGCCGGCCCUGCAGGAGUGUUUCAAGAGUGAAUAUGUGUCCGUGAGGAUCGAGGCUGCCAUGGUAACGAAAUUUUGUCCCGUUUACUACUCUUUGUGAUACGUUUGGAAGCCGUUUUCCCUUUUUUUCCCCGCUCUUGGCGGGUGAAUCCGAUUUGUAUGUGAUUGGUUACUACUACUACUACCACUAGAAGAUAAUAAUAAUAAUAGUAAUAAUAUUAUUAAUAAUAAAUAAUAAUAAUAGUCUUAUAGUAUGAAUAACAGAUGUUACCUUGCAGGCUGCAGGCAAGUUGAAGAUCACAGACAAGGGUAUACUGAGUUCGCUACUGCGUCUGGCGAGUGAUGAUAACAGUUGGAAAGUGAAAGCGCACACCAUCAAAGGUGAGCACUAUCGAGCCAUUAAACCGAGGACGGGAAUUUGCUGUUCACUUCAGCUUCAGCAUGUCAGUUACCACAGCACUAACUGGUGCACAGGCUGAUAUACGAAAUAGUGUCCCUCUUUUUUUGUGGGUUCAGAAUGAUUACGUUGUUCAGAAUUAAUUAAAAAUGACAAUUAAAGUAAUAAUAUUGAUAAACUUAUAUAACUCAGAUAUCAUUCUAUAGAACAUUUUCAUCUGCGCUUUACAAUGUUUAAGAAAUAAUGACAACUGGAAAGCUGAAACCUUAAAAUAUUACUCAAAAUCCUACAAUACAUCUAAUUCUUUGUCACACAUUCUAGUGCAUAGUUAAUAAAAGUUAACUAAGAGACUUUUUAAAGAGACUUAAGAGACUUUUUAAAGCUUUUUGCAGAAUCUGAUUAUUAUGUGUACCCCUAGUCUGCUACACAGCAGCUGACACAGCCGUUGUAGUGUCGUCACCCAACGCUCCUCCCUCCCUUAUGGGGAGAAGCAUUGCGUGACGACAAUAAAACGGCUGUGUAGCAGACAAGUGUACCCCUUAUUUUGUAGUAAGUUGUGCAUUUUGUUUUCACUUUACUUUUAAAUUUCUUGACAGCUCUCGGCUCUAUAGGAGUGGUGGAUGAGAAACUCAUUGAGGUUUUGUUGUGGUCCAUUCGCUAUGAAAAGGUAGCCGCUGUACGCGCAGAGGCGUGUAACGCUGUCGCGGUGCUGGGCUUGCGAGAUGAGCGUUUGUUGGGCGUUCUUCAGGAUCGCCUUGUGGUCGAAACUGAAGAAAUUGUCAAGAGGUAUUAAACAUUCGAGCUGACUUAGUUAUAAUAAUAAGCUAGUAUACAGUACACCUCCUACUCUGCCUCCUACUUGAAGUUAUAAAAGUAUAUAUAUGAAAUUUCUUAAGUUUGAACGGUAACAACAUAUUUUUGACGUGAAAGAUCAUCGCAGGUCCCUACGCAACCAACACACAAAAACAAACAAAACAAAAAACAACCACAACAAGAAAAAGACAAACAAACAACAACAACAACGACGACAAACUGCAAACUAAAAACAAAAUCGUAGACAAAAAGCAUUCAGGCAGCUGGCCUGAGCGGGAUUCGAACCUAUGAUAGCCUGAGUUUCAGGAGGUUUUAGCGGAGGGGGGAGUGGGGAUGAGAGAGAAGUUUCUCUCCCUUCGCUUUCUCUCCUAAUCGCUUCUUUCUUCGCUUUCCCCCCCAAGAAACUCCUUAUACUCAUUCUAGACCCAUGACCGAUGCCUUUGCAUUGCUCUUACCAAUAAGUUAUCAAGCCAGCUGGGAACUGUUCACUUUGUGGGUUCGUAAUUUAUACCCUUAGAAGAUGAAGAUAUGAGAGUGAAUAUCUGAAAUUUCAUAUCACACUAAGAAUGGAAAUCGAGUAAGUUUUAUGACGGGAAUUCGAAGAGCUUCCUGUGGUGAUUACCGUUCUAAAAAUAGCAAGAUUCGGGAAACUCUAUGGCGUGUCACAGCCUCCUCCUUAGGCGCUUCGUUCUUCGCAUGGUAGAGGCGAGCGCGAAACGCGACUGACCGGUGAUGAACCGCAGGGGACCAUGGGUAGGGUACAUAUGUCUCCUUCCCGCCUUUCUUUGCGCGCACAUUUUCAUCGAGAGAGAGACGUCUGGGUACGAGGCAGGGCGUGUCACAUAUGGAGCCGGACCUCUCUCCACCACAGAGGCCUCUUUGUGUCGUUGCUAUUUUUCUUGGGAUACCCAGCGGGAGCCUCUGCGGGAGGAGAGAGGAGCCGGACCCCGAGUCAUGAGCUCCUGAUUGUAAUGAGUAAUGGUAACAGGACUGAGUGGGGUCCAAUUCGGUCUGUAAUCAUACCAGUGAUUAUCAAAAUCGGACGACCGCGUAGCGGGAGUCCGAUUUGUUUAAUCACGAGUAUGAUUACAGACUGAAUUGGACGACACGAAGUUCUCUUACCAGUUAAUCAUAACUUUAACAAAAUUUGUGAUAUAUAAGGCUCUUUUUAAAAUCAAAACGGAAAAAAUCCAAUUUUUUUUUGCUAGCAGUGAAGACGAGCCAUUGAAGCGCGCGCGUGAUGGCGCGUACUGUUCUAUUAAACUGUCCUAUUAAGGCUGAAAUCAGGGCAGUUGAUAGCCAAUCAGAUUUGAGAAUUUUGUUAUAGUUUUGAUUAGUGGAUAAAGAGUACAUGCCAAAUCAUCUUGUGUUAGCAAGACUUUUCUUUCUACCUUUUCAUAGAGAAGCGAUCAUGACGUUGGAGUCGCUAGGUGUACAGCCGACGGGAGAUUUGGAGAUGGUUGAAGCCAUUAGGCAAGAAGUUAGACGAUUGUGCAAGAGAGAUGCUAUUGUGGCGCAUAUUCUGCAAGAAGACCAAACAGCCGAGUACGCGAGCGAUUAUAAGCGCCUUUUCACCACCGAAGCUGAACAAGGCCUGCCCGUGCGUGUCGCGUCACGAGCAACGAAAGUUGGCUCGCGCACGGUUUCACGCGCCACGAGUGAAUCCUCGCGGGGAUGGGACCCAAUUCUCGCGGGUUACCAUGCGCGAGAAAGGAUGUCUAGGGCUCCAACGCCUGGAGAUCUUAUAAUGAGGCGAUCUUAUCUUCCUCUGGAUUUAAAUAGCACUUCGUCUGAGAACAGUGACGCCGCAAACCUCGACAAAUGGGACGACCUAUCCGAGCAUUCUGAAAGUGAUGCGGGGUCUGGUGAUGAGCUGGAGAAAGAGGAAGGUAAUUUACAGGAAAAGCAGGAGAGCAAAUCGGCUUCGUGGCCGCCAUCGACUUCUCCUUUAAAAGUGGAAUUUUCUGAAGAUCAAGGAGCUCUUGUCAAAUCCUCUUUCAGUGACCAGGCCGAAGAAGAUGGCGACCAAGAUUCAGAUACUCUGCUGGAACUUGAGUCAAAUAAAGAUGAUCCUGAACUUUUAAAACUCGCGGACGAAAUCAGCGAACGAAACAUUUCUUCCCCGAGCCUUUCUGUCCACGAUCAGUCUGACGUAAUCGCCGCUGGGAACCUUGAAAAUAGAUCUGUUUCGUCACAGCGUACAGACUCUUAA